AUUGUGCACGAGAGUUGUCUACCGUUUGAUGGAAAUACGAUCUCUAAGGGAGAGAACUCAUUUUUGCGUAAUAUGUAAAUCUUGAUAACUGAUAACAAUUUUCGCGAUGCAUGUUGGGAUUGGCAUGUGGAGAACUCUGAAGACGGUGUUGAAGUAAACAAACGAGGCAAGAAAGCCGGUGUGACAGAGCAUUUGAUACGUGAUAGGAACAUUGAUUCAACAUAACGACUUAAGUGUUAAUUAUUAUAAAGUGUCAUUAAGCGGUAUUAUUUGGAACAGAACAUGGAAGGCACAGGGGAAGUCGAAGGUGCGAUGUCAAAGAAGGCCUUAAAGAAGCAACAAAAGGAGGCAGAAAAGGCGGCAAAGAAAGCGAUGUACAAGAAACAGGAAGGAAAGGAAAAUGAGGGUGAAGGUGAAGACAAUGGCAAAGAUGUAUCCGAGGGUUUCUAUGGAGUGAUGCCUCUGAUACAGUCAAAGGAGCGUUUAGACAGACGUGUACUAGCGCUGAAGGAGCUCACCCCUGACCUCGCUGACAAGAAGGUUUGGGUGAGGGCACGCUUACAGACAAGUCGUAGUAAAGGAAAGCAGUGCUUCUUUGUUUUGCGGCAACAGAAGUGGACAGUGCAGGCCAUAGUUUCUGUGGGAGAGACAGUUAGCAAACAGAUGAUUAAAUUUGUGGCUGGAGUGAAUAAAGAGUCAAUUAUUGAUGUUGAGGGAUAUGUGAGAACAGUCCCAAAGAAGAUUGAGUCUUGCACACAACAAGAUGUAGAGUUACAUGCAGAACAGGUGUGGAUAGUGAGCUCUGCAUCUCCACGGUUACCACUGUUGGUCGAGGAUGCCUCCAGGCCAGAGGGCACAGAUGAUUCAUUGGCAACAGUAAGCCAAGACACGCGACUUGACAACAGAGUAAUAGAUCUGAGGACAACCACCAAUCAGGCGAUAUUUCGCCUUGAAGCGGGCGUCUGUAAACUGUUCAGGGAGAUCUUGGAUGACCAAGGAUUUGUGGAAAUCCAUACACCAAAAAUCAUCUCGGGUGCAUCAGAGGGCGGGGCUAACGUGUUUGAGGUGACCUACUUCAAGACCAAGGCCUACCUGGCCCAGUCCCCGCAGCUCUACAAGCAGAUGUGUAUCUCGGCAGACUUCGAGAAAGUGUACACCAUUGGCGGAGUAUUUAGAGCUGAGGACUCGAACACCCAUCGUCACUUGACAGAGUUUGUGGGUGCUGAUAUUGAGAUGUGCUUUAACUACCACUACCACGAGGUCAUAGAUGUCCUUGACCAAUUGUUUGUCUACAUUUUCAAAGGACUUAGGGACAGGUAUUCAGAAGAAAUCACAACAGUUGGGAGGCAGUACCCAGCGGAACCUUUCAAAUUCUUGGAACCAAGUUUACGUCUCGAGUACAAAGAGGGCGUGGCCAUGCUACGUGAGGCGGGGGUGGAGAUGGGAGAUGAUGAGGACCUGAGCACGCCCAAUGAGAAACUGCUCGGAAGACUUGUCAGGGCAAAGUACGACACUGACUUCUUUAUUCUGGACAAGUUCCCUCUGGCAGUGCGUCCAUUCUACACUAUGCCUGACCCUUUCGACAAGAAAUGGUCCAACUCUUAUGACUUCUUCAUGCGCGGAGAGGAGAUCAUGUCGGGAGCCCAGCGUAUCCAUGACCCUGAGUUCCUUGCUGAGCGCGCAACGCACCACAAGAUUGACCUCAAGUCCAUAGAGAGCUACAUCGAUGCCUUCAAGUAUGGGGCGCCCCCACAUGCUGGGGGUGGCAUAGGUUUGGAGCGUGUGACGAUGCUGUACCUUGGUCUCAACAACAUCAGGAAGAGCUCCCUGUUCCCUCGUGACCCCAAACGUAUCACCCCGUAAUCAAGGAACUGUAGAAGGCCUUCAUCUUCAGUGUUCACUAAUUGGUUUACAUGAGUCAUGUCUUUUGACUUGUCGCUUAUUCUUUAUGCUUAUGGAUAUCCUGCUUACUGAUUGUAUAACAUGAUGAACUUCUAUGGCCAUGUUGUGUUAUUUAUUUCCACAUUAUAUAAGACAUCAAAAAUUUAUCAGUAAUCACAAAGACGCUACGCCUUUUGCCAGUAACACAUACAUUCAAUGAAAACAAACUGAUGUUAGUUAUAUUUUACAAUCUUAACUGUCACAUGUCGUGAUUCUUAAGGAACAAUAAGUCAUUUCUACACCAAAGAGAUUGCAUGAACUUGUAUGAUAACGGUCAUGGUUUGAAGUUUAAAAUCACUUUUAUGUCCCUCACCACUAUAGUGGGGGACAUAUUGUUUUUGCCCUGUCUGUUGGUUUGUUUGCCCAAACUUUAACAUUUUGCAAUAACUUUUGCUAUAGUAAAGAUAGCAACUUCAUAUUUGGCAUGCAUGUUUAUCUCAUGGAGCUGCACAUUUUAAGUGGUGAAAGGUCAAGGUCAUCCUUCAAGGUCAAAGGUCAAAACAACUAUAUCAAAGCGGCGGGACAAAGUGUUUCUGACAAACACAUUUCUUGUUUUUUGUAUUUUCUGCUGCAGAAACUGUUAGAAAAUUGAUGUAUUUAGAUAUUAAGAAAUCCUUUUUUGGUUUAUUUGAAUAUUCAGUUCUUUCACAUAUAAUUUUGUAAAAAUAUGUUCUUGUAAUUGAACUGUAUAAUCCUUCUAGUCAAUGGCUCCAAGAGUUUGUAUCAUUUGAGUGGCUUAAGCACUUCAAAAAAUCAUGUACUUAAAAUGUAUUUUAAAGUAAGUCCAAUGAUUACACUAGCAGUAUCAACUCAAGAGUAAACAUUUGGAUGCUACUGCAGUAACUGUUUGUUAAAAACUCAUUUAGUUUUGUAUACAUUGAAGCUGAUGAAAUUUUGUUGUUUUUAUCAUUGUAUUUGACCAUUUUGUUUAGCUCAAACUGUCAAUUAAGAUUGUGUUUUGUUAACUCUUUGGUGACAUAAAAAUACAUAACACAUAAUACUGUUACAGAAAGUUGUGAAUACAGAUUCUCGUAUUUCACAUUUGAAUACAAGGGGUAUUGUUUUCAGAAAAUCAAUAGGUAUAUAACAAAAUAGGUGAUUGACAAUUGUUCAAAUUGUAUUUUAUUGAAAAAAAAAAGUAUGUGUACAUGUUGCCGGUUUGUUAAAAAAGAGUGACUGCAUGUUUUUAAUGACAAUAAGGCUCAACUGGAAUGGAUCGUUGUUUUUAGCUCGGUUGUUUAAAAAAAAACAACAGAGGUAUUGUCAUAGCCAGCUGGUCGUGUCGUGUCCGCCGUCCGCGUCGUGCUAAAACCUUAACAUUUUGUCAAGGUUUUAAACAUUGGCUCUAAAAUCAAAGUGCUUCCACCUACAACUUUGAAACUGCAUAUGUAGAUGCACCUUAAUGAGUUCUACAUGCCACACCCAUUUUUGGGUCACUUGGUCAAAGGUCAAGGUCACUGUGACCUCUAAAAAAAAAAAUUAAUUCUGACAAGCUAUUAUCUAUUCAAAACUGCACCAGCAGCCGAGCGUGGCACAUGUUAUGCGGUGCUCUUGUUUUCCUUCUUUUUGUCCAUUGUCAUUAUUGUCGUGAAACACACUUACGCUUUAAUGUGUUUCAAUUCACUCAUAAGACCAUGAUGUUUUUAAACGCUGUAUGUCAAUGGAUUUCUUUAAAGGUAGGACGGGUAGAGUUUUCUUGCCAUUGAAAUACAUGCAGUGUUAUCAGCUUAGUAGGCCAAAUUUUCAAACACAUUUUGUGGAGUUUGCAAAUGCUGCAAUAUGCAUUUAAAAAAUACUUAGUAAAUCAAACCUGGGAAACAUUUAUUUAUAUACAUGUUUACUUCUUUAUGAAAAGAAACAUGGCAUGGUAAUAAUGUGAAUCUGCCAUCAUAUUGUAACUGGAAAUUGGCUGUAUGAUCUUGGUGCUUGGCUGUGGGUUACAGAAGUACAGGUAUGUGAAUACCUUAUGAGAAAUCAUCGCAAUUUGGUUUGUGCAUGUUAAGUGCAAUCUCCUAUUCCUGUGUAUGUGUCAGCGGGUGUGCAUGUGUACAGUAUGAUGCCAAGAUGCAUGGUUCAAAGUAUAUAUGAUAUGAUGGUUUAAGGCUUGUUGUCAUUUUGUCCUUUUGCUUUUUUGUGUUAACAAUCAGUGCUAUCAUUGUUGAUGAGAUAAUAUUUUUUCGUGUUUAAGUGCUUUAUUUAACUGAAAUAAAUAUUUGAAACAAA